GGCAAGUAUCGCGGUCGUUUGGGAAAGUAAUUUUUUUCGACAACAGUCGACUAUGCAUUGGCGCGCUGGAGCCACGCGCCUGUUCACUCAAACCGGUCUCAAAUACGAUACUUUCCAAACGGGUUAAUAAUACCCAAUAAAAAAAAACUAUUAUUGUGUACAGUGCACUUACAGGAAUAUUGGAUUAUUGCAAGCCAAAGAAAAUGAAUAUAAUAUGCUGCCUGACCGUACUGGCCGUUUUAUUGACCUGCGUGAGCGGACAUGGGCGACUGAUUGAGCCGCCUUCGAGGGCAUCAGCGUGGCGUUACGGCUUCGACACACCACACAACUACAACGACCACGAACUGUACUGCGGUGGGUUCUCCAGACAGUGGAACAAAAAUGAAGGAAAAUGUGGAAUUUGUGGCGACGCUUGGGACGCACCUAAUCCACGCCCCCACGAAUUCGGAGGAAGGUUUUACAAAGGCGUCAUCGUUCGCAAAUACGCUCCAAAGGACACUGUCACCAUUAAAAUCGAACUGACGGCGAAUCACAACGGCUAUUUCGAGUUCAGAGUGUGCGAUGAAUACAAAGGAACGACCCAGGAAUGUUUAGAUAAGAACGUAUUAAAAAUAGACGGCAAAGAUGGCACCAAAUUUUAUCCUAAGGAUGGCAAUAAGGUGUAUGAAAUGAAAUACAAAUUACCUGAAGACAUGGAAUGUUCGCAUUGCGUUAUGCAAUGGCGUUACAUCGCUGGUAAUAACUGGGGUAGCUGUGAUAAUGGAACGGAAGCUGUAGGAUGCGGUCCCCAAGAGGAGUUUAGAGCGUGCGCAGAUAUUGCUAUAGGCGAGAAGUUCGCUACCACUACAAGGAGACCUAGACCUUCGUACGUACCUCCGAGUAGGAAACCACCAACAGUUCCUACACCAGAGCACACCUCUGGAAGCGCAUGGUACGGCAUCAUGGUUGCCAUUGCAGCGCUGUUCGUUGCAGUGGCAGUGCUCGCUGGCAUCUACUUGUACUACUACCGAGGUGGGAUGAGGAUAAAGAAUCUUCUGAAGUCAAAGGUCCCUCCGCCGGCACCAGUUCCACCACCAAGACACAAAAGAUCUUCGCUAUCAAGAUCUUAUCCGCCAGAAUUGAUACCUUCGAAAGUAACAUCUAUUACUGAUUCAGGAUUCGAAACUGUAGACCUUAGAUCUAAAUGAGAAACAUUACAGAAUGGCUAAAUGAGGCUUAGGUUAAGUUGACUGUAACGACCUACCACUGCCUUUAGUGAUAUUUUUACAAGUAGGUUAAAUUGUGUUUGAACGUAGACGAUGUGAUUGAGCCGUGUGUUAAGAGAAAUCAACGUUAUUACAUUGAUGUUUGCCUGUAUUUUAUUUAAUUAUAAUAUGAAGAUUUGUAAAUUAUAAUU